UAUCAAAUUCAUUUAUAUUAUCUGGUCUAUUCUUUUAAUAUCAUCAGAUAGAAGCGAUAGUGCAAGAAGCUGCUCAAGGAACCAUAUCUAGCAGUGAAGCUCUUAAUCUACGAUUAGAGAAUCAGGUUAACGUUGGUACAGCGUCACAAUCACAAGGAGGUCAAGUUGCUAUCCCUACUGCAUUGAAGAACUUUUCAAUGUCCCAGAAGGAAAAAACUCUUGAUGAAUUUGUAGGGGAUAAAUGGCUUUCCUUUACUGCUGAGGGUCAUGUUGGACUUGGUGUCAGAUCCUUCCUUGAUCUGCGAAGUUGGUUUCGCAAUAAUGAUGUUCCUUCAUGUGAAGUGUGUAAUGAAGCUGGGGUGAAGGCAGUGUUAUGCCAGAAAGAGGGCUGUAAGGUUCGAAUUCAUCAGUACUGCCUUGGAAAUCUAUUUGCUAAGAAAAAGGGUGAAACAGUGUGUCCAAGUUGCAGUUCUCACUGGCAAUAUACUGGACCAAAAGAAGAAGCUGUGGAAGAUGAUGUGUAA